CCGUUCCCUCAUGAUAAUAAUAUCAGCAGUAACGUAUUAACACCGUUCUUUCUUUCUUUCUAAAUAAAUCUUUCCACUUUCCAUCAUCGCUUCACUCUCUUCGAGCUUCCAACUUCUCUUAGAUUGCAUUCUGUCCACAUUUUUUGUCCGAAUUUGCUUAUGCUUCAGCAUAAAUAUUGAGGUCGAAGUUGUGAAUUUUGGAGUUAAUCAUACAAUUGAGAAAACAUGAGCAACACGAUUGGGAAUAACUUGCUGCAUCAGAGUUUGCUUUCUCCGACAGUUUUAGAGCAUCAGAGUCGAAGCAAUACUUCAACCUCAAUUUGGGGGAAUACCUUUCUCCAGCAUCAAGCAAAUUCACUGACACACCGAGCUCCUAUAUCUACUGAGUUCCGGGGUAGAAGGCUUACACUGCAGAAAAAUAAAUUACAGAUGGGAAAGAUGUAUACUAUUUUGAGAUCCACGAAGGCUGUCUUGGCUGCUGAUCCAUCUUCUGUGCAAAUGGAGAAGUUCAGACUCGAUGAGAAGGUUGAGUUACAGGUUGAUGUUGGGCUUCCGACAUCUGGUUCUGCUUCAGUAGUAAAUAUUCAAGUUACAAGCAGUAGUGACAGCCUACUUCUACAUUGGGGAGCGAUAAAAAAACAACAGGAUAAAUGGAGUCUUCCGCAAAGUCGUCCAGUUGGAACUAUGGUGUACAAAAAUAGAGCACUUAGGAGUCCUUUUGUGAAAUCUGGUGCUAAUGCUGCAUUGAGUAUAGAGAUUGAUGAUCCUGCGAUAGAAGCUCUAGAGUUUCUGAUAUAUGACGAAGCCCAGAAUAAAUGGUAUAAGUACAAUGGGGGAAAUUUUCAUGUUAAUUUGCCAAAGACGGAAUUUACAAUUCCAAACAUUUCUGUUCCUGAGGAUCUUGUUCAAAUCCAAGCAUAUUUGAGGUGGGAGAGGAAAGGGAAACAGAUGUAUACCCCAGAACAAGAGAAGGAGGAGUACGAGGCUGCUCGAAUGGAGCUGUUGGAAGAAGUAGCUAGGGGUGCUUCCACACAGGACCUCAGAGCAAAGUUAACAAGUAAAAGUGGUACAAGUGAAAGCAAAGACCAAUUUGUUUCUGAAUCAAAGAGCAUUGCAUCAAAGAGCAAUAUACCUGAUGAUCUUGUUCAAAUACAAGCAUAUAUAAGAUGGGAAAAAGCGGGAAAGCCAAACUUCUCUGCCGAGCAGAAACUUAAAGAAUUUGAAGAAGCGAGAAAAGAGUUGCAAGUUGAACUAGACAAGGGUUCAUCUCUUGAAGAUAUACGGAAAAAGAUAACCAAAGGAGAGAUACAAACCAAUGUUCCCAAGAAACAGGCCACAAAAACUAAUUUCUCCAAUGAUAGAGUUCAGCGCAGGAAAAGGGACAUAAUGUCACUUCUCACUAAGUUUGAACCGAAGUCCAUCAAGGAAAAUAUCUCCCCUGCACCAGAAGUUUUAUCUGCUAUUAAACAGUUCUCUAUGGAUAAGGAAGCUCACAUUGAUGGCCCUAUUCUGAACAAGAAAAUUUAUAAGCUUGGUGAUAAGGAAUUCCUGGUACUUGUAGCGAAGUCCUCAGGCAAGACAAAAGUCUAUCUGGCUACAGAUCUUCCCGAUCCUGUUGUUCUCCACUGGGCUUUGUCCAAAAAUGCUGGAGAAUGGACAGCACCUCCCUCAACUAUGAUGCCCCCUGAUUCAGUUUCUUUAGACACGGCUGCCGAAACAAAUUUCACAACCAUUUCUGUCAAUAAUCAGCCAUACAAGAUUCAAUCAUUGGAAAUAGCAGUUGAAGAUGAAAACUUUGUGGGGAUGCCAUUUGUUCUUUUGUCUGGUGGAAACUGGAUUAAGAACAGCGGCUCAGACUUUUAUGUUGAGUUCAAAACUAGCCCUGCGAAGGUUCAAAAGGAUGCAGGAGACGGGGAGGGAACAGCAAAGUUUUUGUUGGAUAAAAUAGCAGACUUGGAAAGUGAAGCCCAGAAGUCAUUUAUGCAUAGAUUCAAUAUUGCAGCAGACUUGAUGGAACAAGCGACUAGUGCAGGUGAAGUAGGUCUUGCUGGCAUUCUUGUGUGGAUGAGAUAUAUGGCAACAAGACAACUCAUCUGGAACAAAAAUUACAAUGUAAAACCACGAGAGAUAAGCAAAGCUCAAGACAGGCUUACAGAUUUACUGCAGAAUGUCUACAAAAGCUGUCCUGAGUAUCGUGAAAUCUUACGCAUGAUUUUGUCAACUGUCGGACGUGGAGGUGAAGGUGAUGUGGGGCAACGAAUUAGGGAUGAAAUAUUAGUCAUUCAGAGAAACAAUGACUGCAAAGGUGGACUGAUGGAAGAAUGGCAUCAAAAACUUCAUAAUAACACUAGUCCUGAUGAUGUUGUAAUCUGUCAGGCACUGAUGGACUAUCUCAAGAGUGACUUUGACAUUAGUGUUUACUGGAAGACCUUAAAUGAUAAUGGAAUAACAAAAGAGCGUCUCCUUAGUUACGACCGUGCUAUACACUCUGAACCUAAUUUUAGGCGGGAUCAAAAGGAUGGACUUCUGCGUGAUCUUGGACAUUACAUGCGAACAUUGAAGGCAGUUCAUUCAGGUGCAGAUCUUGAGUCUGCCAUCACAAAUUGCUUGGGAUACAAAGAUGAGGGACAAGGUUUCAUGGUUGGAGUGCAGAUAAAUCCUGUCCAAGGCUUACCAGCAGGAUUUCCGGAACUACUCCGAUUUGUUAUAAACCACAUUGAAGAUAGGAAUGUUGAAGCCCUGCUUGAGGGAUUGCUUGAGGCUCGUCAGGAGCUUAGACCAUUGCUUUCCCAAUCGAAUGACCGCUUGAAGGAUAUUUUAUUCCUGGAUAUUGCCCUAGACUCUGCAGUUAGAACAGCUGUAGAACGUGGAUAUGAAGAGCUAAAUAAUGCUAGCCCUGAGAAAAUCAUGUACUUCAUUUCUCUUGUUGCUGAGAACCUCACACUUUCCGUGGGCGAUAAUGAAGAUCUCCUUUAUUGCUUAAAGGGGUGGAAUUUAGCCCGGAGCAUGUUCAAGAGCAGGGAUGAGCACUGGGCAUUGUUUGCCAAAUCAGUCCUUGACAGAACUCGGCUUUCACUUGCAAGCAAGGCCGAGGCAUACCAUCAGUUACUGCAACCUUCAGCAGAGUAUCUUGGCACACUGCUUGGGGUGGAUCAGGGGGCUGUCAAUAUAUUUACUGAAGAAAUAAUUCGGGCAGGAUCAGCAGCUUCACUGUCCUCCCUUCUCAAUCGGCUUGAUCCAGUUCUUCGAAAAACUGCUAAUCUAGGAAGUUGGCAGGUCAUCAGUCCAGUUGAAGCUGUUGGAUAUGUUGUUGUAGUUGAUCAAUUGCUUUCUGUUCAGAAUAAGUCUUACUCAAGACCAACAAUAUUGGUUGCAAAAUCUGUUAAAGGAGAGGAAGAAAUUCCUGAUGGUGCUGUAGCAGUACUGACACCAGACAUGCCUGAUGUUCUCUCGCAUGUUUCUGUUCGAGCCAGGAACAGUAAGGUUUGUUUUGCCACUUGCUUUGAUCCCAACAUAUUGGCUAACAUCGAGGCACAUGAAGGAAAGUUGCUGCGCUUAAAACCUACAUCUGCAGAUGUGGUAUACAGUGAGAUGAAAGAUGAUGAGCUAGUAAGUUCAGCUAAUUCAAAUGAAGCUUCAUCUGCUCCAUCUUUGUCUUUGGAGAGAAAGGAGUUCUCUGGAAGAUAUGCGAUAGCAUCUGAGGAAUUCACUAAUGAACUGGUUGGAGCCAAAUCACGCAAUAUCGCACACCUAAAAGGAAAAGUUCCAUCUUGGGUUAACAUUCCAACCUCUGUUGCUUUACCAUUUGGUACUUUUGAAGCAGUCCUUUCAAAUAAUCUAAAUCAGGUUGUGGCAGAAAAAUUGCUAGUUCUGAAGAAAAAGUUAUAUGAAGGAGACUUCAGUUGCCUUGGUGAGAUUCGAAAUACAGUUUUGGAACUUUCAGCACCACCACAGUUGAUUAAAGAGCUCAAGGAGAAGAUGCAAAGUUCUGGCAUGCCAUGGCCUGGUGAUGAAGGUGCAGAGAGAUGGGAACAAGCAUGGAUGGCCAUAAAGAAGGUAUGGGCCUCAAAAUGGAAUGAGAGGGCAUACUUCAGUACAAGAAAAGUGAAGCUUGAUCAUGACUGUCUUUGCAUGGCUGUCCUAGUUCAAGAAAUAGUAAAUGCUGAUUAUGCAUUUGUUAUCCAUACCACUAAUCCAUCUUCUGGGGAUUCAUCAGAAAUAUAUGCUGAGGUUGUCAAGGGGCUUGGAGAGACACUCGUGGGAGCGUAUCCAGGUCGUGCACUAAGCUUUAUUUGCAAGAAAAAUGACCUGAAAUCUCCUCAUAUUUUGGGUUACCCCAGCAAACCUAUUGGCCUUUUUAUUAGGCGGUCUAUAAUUUUCCGGUCAGAUUCAAAUGGUGAGGAUCUAGAAGGUUAUGCUGGUGCUGGGCUUUAUGAUAGUGUCCCAAUGGACGAAGAGGAUAAAGUGGUGCUUGAUUACUCAUCUGAUGCAUUAAUGAUUGAUGGUGACUUCCGUCAUUCAAUUCUCUCUAGCAUAGCCGUUGCAGCAAAUGCCAUUGAGGAGCUAUAUGGAUCCCCCCAAGAUAUUGAAGGCGUUGUCAAGGAUGGAAAAAUUUAUGUCGUCCAAACAAGACCACAAAUGUGAUCAAUUUACUUGGAAUCCAAAUGAAUUCUGGGAUGCAAAUGGCCUACUACGACUAAACACGAGUCCCAACGAGCAGCAUCGACUAUAAGGGCAAUGUCUCUCGCAGAUACACUAGGUAGGUGCCUGAAAAGAAUCAGGUAGUGGUAGUUUAUAUAUCAAGUGUCAGUAUAUAUUGAUGCAAAUGAUACAAAUAGGGCAAUAACACGCCUGUUCAGUGUUCAUAUUCAAGCUAUACUGUGUCUGCAUCUGUUGUACGCUCUAUACAUACUCUUCACUUUAUUUAUAAUAACUUCAUAAGCAUUGGGAGAA